AUGACUAAAAAGAGCGCCAUCAGCAACAGCAAUCUUCCUAGCGCUUCCACCCCCUCGAUUUCCCGGUCGACCAUCAACCACUGCAGCUUUAACGACCUCACCCCCGCUGACACCAUCCAUCGAAGUGAGCUCGACUCAGUCAAUGUGUUUCGCAAAACUUUCCCAGGCAGUAGCAGGGUAACACCUAUAUCGCCCGCCAACACCACCAUUCGGCGUAGUAAGAUCAGUCAUACUGUGAUCGCUAACUCGUACGUCCGCCGCUGCAAGCUUGCCAACUGCGAGCUUGUCAAUGUGUGCUCCGCCAAGUCCCUGGAUGCCAAUGGCUCCAAAUUCGACGAUGUGCGCUCAAUCCGCGGUCACACCUCAGUGCAAAAUAGUACCGUUACAGGCCAGAGUACUUUGAACCGGAGCAAAGUCAACGGGUCAUCCGUCACGGACGAGAGCUGUUUACGACGCAGUCAUCUUGAGGAUGUUCGGGUGGCUCGAAGUCGUGUGAAGAGAUCAAAGCUCCAAAACUGCGACGUGCGUGAUUGCGUGAUUAUCAAGACAGAUUUCACUGGCAUGACUUUACGCCAUGGGGUCUGGAAGAAUGGGAAAUUAGUUGGAAGAGUUGGAGAUAAUGAGGUCGUAAUGAUGACCCAAGACGGCCAGAACAUCGGUCAUGUUUCUUCGGAGCAGCUUGUCACACAAGAUGCCAAAGUAUGGGCGGACGAUGACCCCGACUCGGAUAGCUCGGACAAGGAAAGCUUGGAUUCAUAUGACCUUCCGCCACCUUAUCAGCCUUGA